GGGUUGGCAACUCUAAAUGGACGCGCCGGCCAUUCACAGACACUGAUGCAGCACAGCUAUGCAAAUACCCUCCUCCAUCAGUCAUCUAGCCCCGACUUGCCCCGCCCUUGGGCGCGUGGAACCUGCUUCUCUCCGCUCUUUGUCGUCACAUGCUGCCUUUCUCUCCGUUACCACGGUGAAGUCACAAUCACUGUCCCGCUUGCUGAGAGGCGCAUCCGAACAUGCUUGGCUCGUAUCAUCCAAUGGGAGCCGGCGUUGGGACGCGUUCACUCAUUUCGGGUUGAGGUGGGUCUGUAGCUAAGUUGGGUUGAGCGGAGAGCACCGUGGCUGCUGCUGCGGUAGUAGCAGGGCAAGAGCAUUUUAAGAUCUGCUGAUGAACAGUGCCCUUGUGUAAGGAUGCCUUAGAAAAAGAACCAUGGAGAAAUAUGUUAAGGUGCAGAAGAUUGGUGAAGGAUCCUUUGGAAAAGCAAUUCUGGUCAAAGCUAAAGAAAACAGCAGACAGUAUGUUAUUAAGGAGAUAAACAUCUGUAAGAUGUCCAAUAAAGAGAGAGAAGAAUCAAGGCGAGAAGUUGCUGUGUUGGCAAACAUGAAACAUCCAAAUAUUGUCCUGUAUCGGGAAUCAUUUGAAGAAAAUGGCUCUCUCUAUAUAGUGAUGGAUUACUGCGAAGGAGGGGACCUGUUUAGACGAAUAAAUGCUCAGAAAGGCAUCUUGUUCUCAGAAGAUCAGAUCAUGGAUUGGUUUGUGCAGAUUUGUUUAGCACUAAAACAUGUACAUGACAGAAAAAUUUUGCAUCGAGAUAUAAAGUCACAGAAUAUAUUUUUAACCAAAGAUGGAACAAUACAACUGGGAGACUUCGGAAUAGCUAGAGUUCUUAACAGUACUGUAGAGCUGGCUCGCACUUGCAUAGGAACACCAUACUAUUUGUCACCUGAAAUCUGUCAGAACAAACCUUACAACAAUAAAAGUGACAUAUGGGCUCUUGGUUGUGUUCUCUAUGAAAUGUGCACACUUAAGCAUGCAUUUGAAGCUGGUAACAUGAAAAACUUGGUACUGAAGAUAAUCUCUGGAUCUUUUCCUCCUGUUUCUCUGCAUUAUUCCUACGAUUUACGUAAUCUGCUUUCACAAUUAUUUAAAAGGAAUCCUAGGGAUAGACCAUCAGUCAACUCCAUAUUGGAGAAAAUCUUUAUAGCCAAACGGGUGGAAAAAUUUCUUACACCACAGCUUAUUGCAGACGAAUUCAGUCACAAAGUGUUCCACAAGUUUGAUGCCCCUGUUGCACCAGUAAAAAGACCAGCUCAAGGACAAAUCUGUGCUUCAGCUGUGCCAGCUCAGAAAAUUACUAAACCUGCUGCAAAAUAUGGAGUGCCUUUAAUGAUCAAGAAAUCUGGUGACGCAUCUAAAAAAUUUCAUGAGAAGAAACCAUUAGCUAAAUUUAGACAGGCCCAUCCAACUCCAAUGAAGAAAAUGAAUCCAAGAGAAGAAAGGAAGAAAAUGUUUGAGGAAGCUGCAAAAAAGAGAAGAUUCGAGUUACUUGAGAAGGAAAAACGACAAAGAGACCAGAUUGGUUUAUUGAAAGCUGAUCAGAUAAGAAGACUGGAAAAGGAAAGGAUGGAACGGAUAAACAGAUCCAGGGAACAAGGCUGGAGAAAUGUGCUCAGUUCAGGUGGAAGUGGUGAAGUUAAGGCACCAUUUUUUGGUGGUGGAGGAGGUGCUGGGCCUUCCCCUGUGCCUGCCAGAGGACAGUAUGAACACUACCAUGCUAUCUUUGACCAGAUGCAACAGCAAAAGGAAAAUAUUAAAGUAGGUGAGGAGAGAGAAACCAGAUGGAGAGCAGAAAUGCGAAGUCAGGAAGCUGUUGAAAGAGGAGUUCCACCUGGAGUACGUCCAGGAGUUCCUAAUGGGCCUGAUGGUCAUCACCAUUUACCAGAUGCUGAUGCAAUUAGGAAAAAAAUCAAAAGAUUGAAGGAGGUGUCUAAACAAGCCAAUGCAAACAGGCAAAGAGGAUGGGUAGCAGCAGAAAGAGCAAAACAAGUUGAAGAAUUCUGGCAACGGAAGAGGGAAGCUAUGCAAAACAAAGCUCGUGCUGAAGGACAUAUGGGUACACUGCAAAACCUGGCAGCUGUCUAUGGAGGCAGGCCCAUUUCUGCAAGAGGAAGGAAAUCCAGAAACAAGGAGGAAGAGGAAUACUUGGCAAGAUUAAGACAGAUCCGACUUCAAAACUUCAAUGAACGCCAGCAGAUUAAAGCUAAACUUCGUGGAGAAAAGAAUGAAGCUGACAGUUCUGAUGGACAAGAUGCAAGUGAAGAAGCAGAAUUGAGACGCAAAAAAAUUGAAGCACUAAAGGCCCAAGCAAAUGCACGAGCUGCAGUUUUGAAAGAGCAACUAGAGCGAAAGAGAAAGGAGGCAUAUGAAAGAGAGAAGAAAGCUUGGGAAGAACAUUUGGCAGCAAAAGGGGUAAAGAAUCCUAUGGUGCCUUUUAAUGUGUCGGCAGCUGGGGUUAUUCCUGUGCCUGGGCAACAAGAACCUGGAGGACCGCCUCUCAAACCACAACUUCCAUUGAAGCCCAGUACACCAGUUAUCUCUAUGACUUCAGCUUUGAAGGAAGUGGGUGUGAAUGAAAAUACAACUGCUAUCCAGGAAACCACAGAGGAAACAAAGAAGGCAGAUCUUGCUGUGCAAAAUAAAAGAGAAAUACUAAGAAGAUUAAAUCAAAAUCUUAAAACACAGGAAGAUGUAAAAGGAAUAAAGGAUCCUAAAGACACCUAUGAGGCAGCUGUGGCUGAAGAAAGUAAAGAAGAAGAAGAACAUCCACUUCUAGUAGAUCGGAAGAAAUGGGAGGUUGAAGCAGCUGAGCUGGUGGUUCCUUUUGCACAGCUAACUAUGGAAGAAUCGUUUUCACGGACAGAGAGGCAGACCGUCGGGGAGGUAAUUAAACUAGAUGUUGGUGAACCCCAGAGGAAAGUUUGGGGCAAAAGCCCUACUGAUUUGGUGCUGAAGAUACUGGGAGAAGCAGAGUUACAGCUUCAAACUGAAUUACUGGAGGAAAGAACUAUCACAAAUGAAGUUCCUGAAGAAGGUUCUCAGCCCUUAACAGUGAAAGAAAACAGUGAAGUAAAAAUUGCUUCUUGUAUUGGAAAGAAAUCUUCAGCUCCAGUUGUUGGUAUCAUAGAACCUGAAAGGACAAUACCAGAGGAGUCACAAACAUUUGAUGCCACCCAAGUGCCAUCCAGACCUGUGGUGCUAGAUGAGCUGGAUGAUUUGGAAGAAGAAAUACUGGAAGAAACUGAAAAAAAUAAGUGCAAAAGUGACCAAUUUCUCAUCACCGUUCAUGAUGUGUGGGUUAAAGAAAGGGAAGUAAUAACGAUGAAUGAGCCCCAGGAAGAUACUGCCUGUCAGAAAGACGACGAUGAUGAUGAAGCAGCUUUGGAGACGGAAAUGCCGCAUAAUGCGCAACCGCAUGAUGAAGUUUCUGCUGACACUUGUCUCAGUGACUCUAUGCAACCUGAACCCUUUUUCCAGAAGGGGCCACAACCACAAGCCAUACCAACAACCUCACCAGUUCUGUCAGCUCAGUCUUCACUGGAAGAGUCUUUUCCACCUCGUUCACGAUCUGUAUCACCAGCAAAAAGGAAAGGCAAAAGUUCAUUACUGAUUGGGCUCUCUACUGGCCUGUUUGAUGCAAACAAUCCAAAGAUGUUAAGAACGUGUUCACUCCCAGAUCUUUCCAAGUUAUACAGAACACUAGUUGAUGUUCCCAUUGUAGCAGAUGUACAACAUCAAGACAACCUUGAAAUAGAGGAUAUGGAAGAUGAGCAUGUCAAAGAAGGGCAUUCUGAUUCUGAAGACAUUACAUUUGGUGAGGCAGAUACAGACUUGCGGGCGCUUCAGGCCUCAAUGGAACAGUUACUUAGGGAGCAGCCUAGUGAGGAAUUCAGUGAAGAGGAGUUGUCUACCUUAAAGGCAGAUACUGCAGCACGCAUAACAAAUGAUACAGAGCAGGAUGAUGAGGAUGACAACAACCCCAGCAGUGAAAGUGUACUUAAUGAAGAAUGGCAGUCAGACAACAGUGAUGGGGAUAUUGCCAGUGAAUGUGAAGCAUAUGACAGUGUCUUCAGCCAUUUGGAAGAGUUGAGAUAUAAUCUGGAACAGGAAAUAGGCUUUGAUAAAUUCAUUGAAGUUUAUGAUAAAAUAAAGGCAAUACAUGAAGAUGAAGACGAGACUAUUGAUAUUUGUUCAACAAUAGUUCAGAAUAUUCUGGGAAAUGAAUAUAAACAUCUAUAUGCCAAGAUUCUUCAUUUAGUGAUGGCAGAUGGAGCCUAUCAAGAAGAUAAUGAUGAAUAAACCUGAGUCAGGAAGUGUGAUAUGUAGGUGUCUGGAUUUUUACAGCAGAAUUGCAAGUUACAAUGGAAAAUGUAAUAAUAACUGAAUAAGGAGCAGGAAAGUGGGAGACAUAAGAAGAGUAUGCUAAUUGCAUGAAAAAGAUGGAAAAACAUGCCUAUAUUUCAGAUGAGAUGUUUAUGUAUUUCCUCAUUUUUAAAGUUACCUGCUGCAGAAAUUACACUUUAUCUUAAAAAUUUCAACCAAAGUAUACAGAGGAUGGCCCAGAAGAUGUGUGUUUUUUUUUAAAUCAACAUAGAUUUAUCGUGUAAUAGAGGCCUUGCCAUAUUAAUUGUUGACUGUUAGGUAUAAGGAGUUAAAAGGAUUACCAUGUUUUGAAAAUGCCUACUUCUAGCUCUUCACUUACACACUAAAAAUAAUUCUAUUUAUCCCUACUAAAGAUUGUAUUUCAUUUUCAGUUGACCAGUUAGACUGUAUUUAAAUAAUCACAUUGUAUCAGUGGCCCAAGUGUGAAUAUUUCACGUUUUUUAGAAUAAAACUGGUAGCAUGUUGAAGUUUCAAUUUGUCAUUUUUUAACUAGUAUCACCCAAAUUAUCUUAAUAGUUUUUUGCAAACUGAGGCAAACUGGUCUUUAUCACGUCAUUGAAAAAGUUAAUUUUUUUCCAAAGGAGUAAUGGAAUUCAUUUGGAACUGGAGAGUUUCUGCCAUAAUCUUUCUAGCAGAGACAUUAAUACUUCAAAUUUUGCUACCUUCUCUAACUCUAAAGCUGUGCCAAAGUUAAGGCUGCUCUUUUUUUUCCCCUCCUGCUACACAGAGAAAAACAAAAUUGGAUAAUAUAUCUUUGUUAAACACUUAAAUACUGUGUUACUGUUGUCAUUUUGAUGCUGAUGAUUUGUUGUGUGAGCUCCCAGGACAAUAUAAACCUAGAUUUUCCCUGUACUCUCUUCCUCUGUCAGAGGGAGCACCAUACCGGCAAAAUAAGGUGUGUUUUGUUUUUUUUUCCCCAGAGACAAUGACUAGAAAGUGUUACUAGUCUGUGUGUACAACAGGUCAAGUAUUACAGAUCAAAUGAAACUUAUAAUUUUCACUUAUUCUGUUGGAGAGAGAUGGAUUUUCAAACCCUGAGUAAUAGCAGUCUCAGCUGGAAAAAUUUAAAAGUCAAAUUAUUUUAGCAUUAAGUUAAAGUUAAUGUGUACAUUAUUUCUAAUCUUCAUAAAUAAAUACUUGAUUUUUGUAUAACUGUUUAUUUUUAUGAUAUUAUUACUAUUAAAAAUUCCUUUCUUGCCCAUUGCAGGGGGCAGAAGGGUUAAACAGUGUUAAAUUCUUUUUGCUUCUGUGGAAUUGUUUUCUUUACAUGUUUUAGAACCAGAGUGUCAGAUUAAUUGGAAGAAGAGGGUCAAAAUCCAUUGUUCCGUUGGCUGGGUUAUAAAUUUAGGAAUCCACAGUGAAAUCCCACUGAUGUCAGUGGGAGAUUUGUACAAAGAUCAGAGGUAAAUGGUCGUGAUGUAUUACCUAAACUUUCAGUUAUUAUUUAUUCCGUACCUUAAUUUUUCU